CGCCCGCUCAUGACGUAGUUAUGCGGCGCGAGGCUCAUAUGUGUAUGGCAGUGUAGCGUGUUGACAUUGAAUGUCUUAUGUGCACCAGGAUAAUGUGGGCAGCAGCCGCUCACAUGCUGACUAGGACGAGGACUUGUGUCCUUUGCAGUGUUAGAAGAUCGUUUGCAUCUGUGACUGAAGGGGAAGACAAAAUUAUGCAAGUUCUGAAAGACAAGUUCCCACUGGCCUCCUCUGUUCGUGUUGUUGAUAUUUCAGGUGGUUGUGGGGCAAUGUAUGAAAUCCACAUUGAAUCUGAAGAGUUCAGAGCGAAACGCAUAGUACAGCAGCAUCAAAUGAUUAAUGAUGCUCUACAACAAGAGAUUAAGUCAAUGCAUGGGCUGAGAAUAUUCACGUCUGUCCCAAAACCUUGAAAGUGACAGAAACAGAAUGUGUAACAACCACUGGGAAGCGCUGCAAUAUGUACGCCCUAUACAGGGCUGUAUUACAAGAGUUCAGUCACAAAGGCUGGUACAAUAUUGCACACAGUUUAUGGAAAUAUAUUUAUAUGAAGCUACAGCUAUUGCACAUAUAGUUUUACUACCUAGCCUAUGUAGUUCAUGUCCUAGCAGAGUGACUAUAAUACAGCCUGCUCACCUCUUUAUCUAGAAUAUUUCUAUCUGUAGGUUCUAGAGCAGGUGCUGCAAAGAAACGCACAAAUAAAUUCUAUAUUUUAGUUCCUAUGAGCAUUAAUGAAAUCUAAUAAAGCUAUCAUACACUAUACUCAACAACUGGCAUAAUGUACAAAUCAAGAAGAAA